AUGCUGGUCAAAUAUCACGGCAACGGUGAUUCAGAGUCUCUGGUGGUUAAAGCCGAGUAUGACGAGAUCCGUCAGACGCUAGACCACGAGAAGACAGUCCAGAAAACCGACUACAUAUCCUUGUUCAAUACCAGGCCAAACCGAUGGCGGAUUGGCAUUACCAUUGCCGUCGCUAUUUUGACAAAGCAGUAUAGUGGCGACCCGACAUUUUCAAGUUCAGCAGCUCAAGUUUCGAUGAUAUUCCUUUUUAUGGGUGCAUACUCACUGGUCUGGACACCACUGGCAACUCUGUAUCCUGUGGAGGUUCUGUCCUACUCAAUGAGAGGCAACGGAUUGGGUCUCUACAACGGAUUCGUCUACGGGACGGCAUUUUUGAAUACAUUUGCCAUCCCGUAUGCGAUGGAAUGGUCCGACUGGGGGUUCUAUUUGAUCACAGCGUUUUGGAACAUCCUGUUUGAGCUGCCCAUCAUGUACUUUUAUUUUCCGGCCACGGAAGGUAAAACAUUAGAAGAGAUUGAUGAGAUCUUCGAGGGCACAACACACUGUGCUUCGGACAUUCUCGUAAGAGACAUUCUCAAAGGGGAAGCAAAGAUGCGAGAGAACUAG